AGAAAACACCAAAGCUGACAAGAAGUACAUUCAGCAUUAGCACAGUUGAACAGAAAUUAAAAGUUUAAAUGGGAGAGAUUAUUUAUGAUAAUGUGGUCAGCACUGAGUCUGAGGGAAUGAACAGAGAGAGAAUAGAGAUGAUGGUGGACAUCUAUGAUUGUGCAGAUUCUGUAAGAGAACCCGACUUCAAGACAGAAACAAACACGCAUCAACAACAUCAGCGUACGGUUACAGUGUGUUUGGUGUUGCUUUGUGUUCUUCUACUGACUGCAGUCAUAGUGCUGUGUGUCCUGAUCAAUACAAACAAUUACCAGUUUAACAUCAAGACCAAAAACCUCACAGAAGAGAGAGACCAGCUACUAACCAACAAUACCAACCUCACAAAAGAGAGAGAUGAUUUAAUAGCCAAGUAUAAAAAUAUUACUAAACUAAAUGAGCAUCUGAAUCAGGAGAAAUGUAAACUGUGGACACAACUUUAUGAUGGAUGGAUUUACUAUCAGUCCAGUUUGUACUUCAUUUCAUCUGAGCAGAAGACCUGGACUGAGAGCAGAAGUUACUGUAGAGAGAGAGGAGCAGAUCUGACCAUCAUUAACAACAAAGAGGAACAAGAUUUUAUUAAGAAUAAUUAUGGUAAUGACAAACUCUGGAUUGGUCUGACUGACAUUGAUGAGGAGGGCAGAUGGAAAUGGGUUGAUAACAGCACACUGAUCUCCAAAUUCUGGGGGCCUGGAGAACCCAAUGGUAAAACAGAGGACUGUGUUUUGUCUCAUAAAUCAGGGUGGGCUGAUUACCCCUGUACUUCUCCCUUUAAAUGGAUUUGUGAGAGAGCACUGUAGCAAGUUUCUUUAGACAUUUGUUUUUAAUCUAAACAUCCGGGCCUGUCAAUCAUCAUUAUGAGCGUAUAUAGCCUCCAGGCCUCUGCAUUCAGCAACAAUUCUUCCAGCAUCCCUCCUCCUCCUCAUCUCCUCCUUCUUUGCUCUCUUUCUCUCUUUGCAGUUCUGUUGCAUGAGUGGUUGAACUUGGGACUCGAGCCCCAGCCUCAGGUUCAGAGCCCCCUUUGAGGACAGCAGGCGAAUGUGCAGGCAAACUGCUGUAUAGUGAAGCAGUAAUUUGUAAAGAACACACUUUGUGGAUUCACCAGGCUCCACCUUUGCUCCAACACCACAUUCAUGUCACCUUAGUUUGAAUUUCUAGCACCUGCCCCUCAUCAUCUCAUCUCCACAGUAUACACAGACACACCUCAGAUGCACUCACUGUCUAACAGUAUCUCGCUUUGGUUCAUGGACUCUGUGCCUGUUGGAUUACACUUGAUCAGUGUCUCCCUAAAAGUCCUACCUAGUACUCUUCUAUCAUGUCUGUGCUCCAUUAUGGUUACUCCUGUGAAUGGUUAUCCAGACGUACCAAGUGAUCUAGCAACUGGGGUGUGUAAACCUGUCCAUGGCCAUUACUAUUGCUGUCACCGCCUGCAAAGAUAAGAGACUGUAUAUAAUAUAUUAUUUUCAGUAUUAUCUGCUCUACUACUGUGUGUGUAAGCUUACUUGUUUGCUGUUGCUCCUCUGCUAUGUAAA